AUGAAGACCAGCACCAUCAUCAGCUACGCUCUCCUGGCGGCGACGAGCCUCGUGCGCGCCGCUGACCCCGUCGUGGACCUCCACCCGAGGCAGUACGGCUACGGCCCUGGGUACGGCGACACGACGACCAAAGCGGCCGCCACGGCCACCGGGUCGGCCGCGGCAUCCGAGGCGACCGAGUACGGGGGCGGCUAUGGCGGCUCGAGCGGCUCCGAGGCAGGCGAGUACGGCGGCCUCAAGAUCUCCCCUCACUCCGCCGUGCUGGCCCACGCAGUCUGCGGCGCGCUCGCGACCAUGCUCUUCCUCCCGUCUGGCGUGCUCGCGGCACGCGUGAUCCGCGGCGUGUCCCCCAGCCGCUCGUGGUUUCUAAUCCAUGCCGGCGUGCAGGGCGUCGUUGGCCUGGGUCUCAUCACGGCCGGCGCGAGUAUCGGCUGGGCGCGCUUCACGCUCAAGACAAUCGACACGCCGCACCGCAAGGCAGCCGUCAGUCUGUUCGUCAUCGUCUGGGUGCAGGCGCUGCUCGGGGCGAUCACGCACGCCGUCGGCGCCAAGCGCCUGCGCCGCGGCCCGCUCAACUUUGUCCACUGGACGCUCGGCCUCGCGACCGUCGGCCUUGGGUGGGCCGUCGCGUGGCUCGGCUUCACGAGCGAGUGGACGUACCGCGGCCACGGGGAAGUGAGCCACAAGUGGCGGAUCGGGUGGGGCGUGGUCAUCGGUCUCUGGAUCCUCGCGUACGCUGCUGGGCUGGCGCUGCUGCCGCGCCAGCUGAAGCGCGAGGCGGCCACCAACGAGGUGACGCGUGUCGCGCGCCUCGGCUCGGAGACGGAGGCCAAGGACACGCGCGAGGAGCCGUUCAGCGUGAGUUAG